CAGCUUGUUUCCGCCACGCAGAUGGGCACAGGUGAAAACCUUUACAAGUGCUGCAGACGUUGGCCAGGCCUUUAAAUUCAGAGCAACCCGGAGAGGAGAAAGGAGAGUGGGUGGGGGUUCCGGCGUGGAAGAUGGAGGUCCGAUUGCCUGACUUAGCUUUGAAGCGGAUCUUCUCUUUCCUGGACGUAUUCAGCUUGCUGCAGGUUUCCCAGGUGAACAAGGAUUGGAAUAGGGUUGCAGACAGCAAUUACCUGUGGAGGGCACACUCUCUGCAGAGAUGGGACUGCAGCAGCAUCACCGAUCGACACCUGGGCGCAUUCACGUGGAAGCAAUUGUUCCUGCACCAAAGAAGGAAGGAGCUUCGGUUGUCAUUGGCACAGCCGGAUAACUUUACCUACAAAAUAACUAAGAACACUGCAUAUGAAGCAGGUUUGGCUUAUCUCUCAGGAAAUACCUUUACAAUGGAUGAACAGGAGAAGUCAAUCAUUUGUAGUGUAUCUGCAAAGGGCGAGCUUUGUGCCUGGGAUGUGCAAGAGGGUACCAUGAUCUGGUCAAGCCCAGUCCAGAAGUUCCAGUUCUCAAAUCUGGUAACCCUCCCUCAGAUGCAUCUCGUCAUCACUGCAGAUAGGAGCAAAACAAUCAAAGUGUGGAAUUGUCAGGACGGGGAUCCUCUAGCUGCUCUCCCCAUGCCAAAAACCUGUUAUUGCAUGGAAGCCCAUGUCACAAAGGAUGGCCCAUUCCUGAUGGUUGGCGACGCUGCAGGUGACAUCUACACAUUUACACUGCCUGAGUUAAGGGAUGUUUCUAAAGUUACUGCAUUUCAAUGUGCUAUUGUACUUCUACGCUGCUCUCCUGACAAGAAAUGGGUGUUUGCAUGUGGGACAUACAGUCGUGCCUUUCCACAGAUAGAGGAGGGUGAGACAGCAUAUGAGAUCUCAAGUUUCCAGUUGGCACCUCAUCUGGAGCACCCUAAAUGGAUAGGAGCCAGUGAUGGAUAUUUGAUUGUCUUUCCCAGUGGGCCAUACUUGCUCCUCUUCAGCAUCACUGGCUUCCUGCUGCAACGAUUUCAGGACCAUCAGACACCCAUCAACAACUUCUGGGCGGAUGCUCUCUAUGUGCUCACCACAUCCAACAACUCUGUCCACCUCUACAUGUGGGAAGAGGGAGGCCGCCCUCCAUACCUCAGGAGCUGCUGUCACCUGGACAAUACAUGGCGUGAUCACAUGUCACAUGGCUUUAUCUCCUGUGUGAAGUGUGACAAUGCAAGCAUAGUACUUAAGAUGACAAAUAUAACCGAAUCCAGCAUUAUGGUGAUGUAUUCUUUCAAUACGUAAUACAGAAGCUAACAAAAUUGACUUUGCAUCAUCUUCUGUAAUGUAGUAAAGAGAAUUCUGUUUGCAAGCCCAGAAUGAUUAUUUUAGUGAAAUUUAGAUGUUGUGGCCUGAAGUGGUGGCACAUGCCUGUAGUCCCUGCUACUUGGGAGGCUGAGGUGGGAGGAUCCCUCGAGCCCAGGAGU